CUCUGUCUGCCUCUAUAUAUAAUACAUACACGCAUAAAGACAUGUUAUACUACCUCUUUGUGUGCUAAAUCUCUUAUCACCGAAGUCCAUAACCAUCUCCAUACAGCAAUCCUUUAGGAUAUAGCUCCAAACUGUCAUCAUCUUCUAAUUAUGACAGAACCCUACUCAAACUUCUUCAAUGGAUGGUUCAACUUCAUCCCUCUUCACCCACACCACUACUCUUCCAAUUAUCAAAACCAGUUCUCAAGCAGCAGUACCCCAUCAUCACCUCCACUGAGAGAAGCUCUUCCUCUUCUCAACAACCUAAUUACCACCACCACCACCACCGCCGCCACCAUAUCAGCAGACCAUGAGCCUUCAUCAUGUUGUAGUACUACUGCCAGAGAUAUGGGGAGCAUUUUUCCUAGAACAAAUGCUGAAAAGGAAGGUGUAACUGUAGCCCUACAUAUAGGGCUCCCUAGCCCUGAUUCAGAGGCAACAGGAAAAAAGGAAAGUUGUAGGGCAGUUAACUCAGGAUACCCUUUGAAAAGCCUGAACAAGGGUGGUCAGUACUGGAUUCCAACUCCCUCUCAGAUUCUCAGUGGUCCUACACAGUUCUCAUGCCCUCUUUGCUACAAGAACUUUAACAGAUACAACAACUUGCAGAUGCACAUGUGGGGACAUGGAUCUGAAUACAGGAAAGGGCCAGAAUCUCUAAGGGGUAUUCAGCCAACCGCAAUGCUAAGGCUCCCUUGCUACUGCUGUGCAGCAGGGUGCAAGCACCACAUUGAUCACCCAAGGUCAAGGCCACUCAAAGACUUCAGAACCCUCCAAACACAUUACAAGAGAAAGCAUGGGGUCAAGUCCUUCAAGUGCAGGAAAUGUGGGAAGCCAUCUGCAGUGAAAGGUGAUUGGAGGACCCAUGAGAAGAACUGUGGCAAGAUCUGGUACUGCACAUGUGGGUCUGAUUUCAAGCACAAGAGGUCCCUGAAAGACCACAUCAAGGCCUUUGGUCGUGGCCAUGGUCAUGGUGAUGUUGGUGUUAAGUGCUCCGGGGGAGAAGAAGAAGAAGAACCAGCUUCUGAAAUUGAGCAAGAAUGGUGAAUGGUGAUUCAGCCGAGGAAAGGGAAUGAGAGUGAGAUAAAGAAAACUGCAAUUCGCAGCAUUGAGACUCGAACCCGAACACUGUAGCUAGUAAGUUAGUAACUAAAGCUAGUGACUAAAAUGUGUGUUAUCCUAACUGUAAGAAUAUUACUCAUUGUGGAACAAGUCUAGUAUGUAAAGUGUUCUGUACAAUGUUAAUUUAGGAGAGAGUUGUGGUAUGCAUUAUUGGAUUUCACCUAUUUACU